AUGUCCUUCAUCCAGCAGCUGGCGACUCAGUCGCAGGCCACGCAGCAGGCGUGGGUGCAACGCCAGGCGGAGGCGUUCAAGGCAAAGUGCAUGGAAGCGAGCCGCUCCACGACUGAAACCAGUUGCGCGAUGACCGUGACAGCCAAACCCGGCAAGCAAAUGGCAAAUUUGCUGCAGGCAGAGCUCAAGACAGUUGGCUUCAGCUCGCUGAAUGUGAGUCAGUCUCAAAAGUGGCCCGACCAGAUUCACAUUAAGGCCUCAUGGGAUGCCGUCAAGGCAGCGCCCGCCCCAAAGCAUCACGCGCCUGCGGGCGGCGUUUCGGAGACCUGCGGCAUUUGCCAGGAGCGGGCGCUGCUGACGGCGCUGGCGCCCUGCGGUCACACCAUGUGCCGCGGCUGCCUGAAGCAGCACGGGCAGCAGGUGUGUCCCUUCUGCCGGCAGCCGGUGCAGGCGGCGACCAACAGCCUCUUCAUCGGCUGA